GCCAAGGCGCGAACCCAUGUAACAUAGUGUUAGUAUAAUAGUAGAUGAAUUAGAUAGUGAGCAUGUUGGCACAACAGCUGGCGAGGUCGGUGCGUCGACCUGCUGCACCACCUUGCACAAGCUCACCUUGCACAAUUUGCCCAGUCGUUGUGCGACAACCAGCCAACAAAUGCCAUGCACCUAGAAUUGCGCCGGUAGCGCCAGCCCCCGCGCGGCAGACACUAUGUGCAGCGCGGAGAGGGCGGCCACCAGGGGGUCCCCCGGAGCCCACGCCCGAGGGGCCCGAGCCCGAAUUCUUUGAAGAUGAUGAUAUUAAUUAUGAGGACGAGGCGGAGGACGGCGAGUUUGUGGAGCAGCUCGACCCCCACACGAGGCGCCUCAUGGGAAUUGCGGAGCAGCGCGAGGACGUUGAGGAGGCGGGUUAUGAGGAAUACGAGGAGUACGAGGAGGCAGAAGAUGAGGGGGCCCUUGACGACGCGGCUGAAGCUGAUCGGGACGGAAUUGCGGCGGACGAGGACGUCGGGGAACCGUCGACCUCCUACCCGGAACCGCCUGACCGUGCCUUCCGUGCCCCGGACCUUUUUGGCGAGGCAGCUCUCUUUGAGGCGGCGUUAUGGCUAGCUGCACAUUUUCCGAACAUCGAGGUGACGGGCGUGCAGAGCAAUCCGCACCUGGUGACGCCGGGCGACGUGUACGUGCACCACGAGGGGCUGACGGACGAGGACCAGGUGGCGGCGGUGUCAGUGGCGCUGGAGCAGGGCGCGGUGCUGGUGGUGGCGCCGCACCUGCCCAAGGACAGCACAGGGCUGCAUGUGGGCGAGGACCCGCUGGAGGGGGUUGUGCCGGACGAGGUGCCGCUGGUGCGCGUCAAGGACUCGACGGAGGCGGGGUCACGGCUCGCGGCUGCAUUCUACGAGACGCCCUCACGCAACAUGGUGACGGUGGGCGUGGUGGGGCUGCUGGGCAAGACCACCACGUCGUGGCUGGUGCGCGGGAUACUCGAGGAGCUGGGCCAGACGGUGGGGCUCAUGUCGUCCAUCGAGCACGCCAUUGCGGAGGACCGCCUGGACGAGGACGGCUACCUGUGGGAGCCGCUGGAGGAGGACCCCUCCGCGGACCGCGAGUCGUCCGUGCCCUUCAAGCUCAUCCCCUACGAGGGCAAGUAUGAGCAGCACUACGGGCGGCGGUUACCGGGCCUGAAUGCGCAGAAGGUGCUGGCGGGCAUGCGGGACCGCGGCGCAGGCGUGGCGGUGGUGGAGUUGCAGGCCGACGGCCUGAUGCUAGGCACGUACGACUUCAUGAGCCUCAACGUGGCCGUGGUGACCAGCCUCUCGCCCCGGCCGGGGGUGCCCGCGGCGCAGCAGCCGGCUGAGCUGGUGGCGGCGGCGGCGGACGAGGUGCAUGCUGCCAUCGAGCUGCUGUCGGCGCGGCUGGUGGACCCCGAGACGCAGGCACUUGUGCUCAACGCGGACGACCCGGCGGCGGAGCAGCUGCUGGAGCGGCUGGGCGGCGCGGUGCCGGUGGUGACGUACGGCGUGGUGAACAAGGGCGCGGACGUGGUGGCAGAGAGCAUCAAGAGCAACAUCUGGGAGACGGAGCUCAUUGUGCGGACACCCGGCGGCCGGCUCCAGAUCAUCACCAACCUGUUGGGCCGACACAAUGUCGCCAACGUGCUGGCGGCAGUUGCCACCGGCGUGGCGCUCAAGGCGCCGCUGGCCAGCAUCGUGGCGGGCAUUGAGGCGGUGGAAAUCCCCGGCAGGUCUGAGGUCAUUGACGAGGGCCAGGAGUUCUCGGUGGUGGUGGACGCGGCGCGCACACCAGAGGCGCUGGGCGAUAUGCUGGACGCGCUGCGUGCCGGCGGCGCGCGCCAGAUCUUCACGGUGUUUGGCUGCUCGGGCAAUGAGGAUGCGUCCAUCCGGCCGCGCAUGGGCGCGGUGGCGCACGCCAAGUCUGACUACGUCAUCAUCACCAACGAAAACCCGCGACUGGAGGACCCGGCCAAGGUUGUUGCCGACAUCGUGGCGGGGUUCCCUGACGACAUGGUCAACCGCUACAGCGCCUACGCCUACUUCCCCUUCCAGGACCAGGGCCGCACGCCGCUGUGGUUCGAGCCCUACCUGCAGAAGGCGCAGCGCGACAACAAGCGGUACGUGAUGGAGGACCGCUACAGCGCCAUCCGCGCCGCCAUUGGCACAGCGGGCCCCGAGGACGUGGUGCUGCUGGCGGGCAAGGGCAGCGAGGACUGGGUGGAGCACGCCGACGAGGACGGCUCCGUGCUCACGGGCUGGCUUGACGACCGCGUGGAGGCGCGCAACGCGCUGUCCAAGCUCAAGUACCUGAAGCAGAUCCCGCGCUUCAGCCGCGAGACGCUGCCGUGGGGCAGCCGCAUUGAGGGGCUUAUGGAGACGCUGGCAGUGGACCCGGCGGAGCUGUCGGCGGCGGCGGUGGGCGGCCUGGAGGGCGCACUGGACUGAGGCGGCGGCAGAUGCGGGGGAGGCAUGUGCGCUGCAGUUGCGGUGGUGGAGGAGCAGGAGGAGCGUUGCCAGUUGGGGCGCCAUGUUUCAAGGCUUCGGAGACAGGCUAGGAGUGUGACGUACUGGGCUGAGCAGCUAGCCAGCAAACAUAAGGGCUGGUGCAUGCGUGGUGUGCUCAGGGACCAUGACUUAUACAUGGCCGUAGCGCACAGUGCAUGUGCAGGGCUCAUUAUCGACUUUGUAACUGAACC